UGCUGUCACUUUUGUUUAUUAUUUUGGUUUAUUUACAAUGAUGGAAGUGGAAACGGUCAACUCGAAUGAAAUUGUAGAAACUUUACUGAAAUAUGGGGUUGGAUUCAGAUUGAAAGACGAUCCCAUAUUCGACGAUGGAAACAAACUGGAGCAGCCGGUCAAAAAAUUGGGCGUUUACAGUGUCAUUGCCGAGGAAGAUCUGCACAUAAAGAACCUUGUCCGAUGCAAUAUUCCGAAUUGCCAGAAGGAAUUCGAUACGAUAUUCGGCUACGAAGGUCACUACAAUUCAUGCCAUCGUCAUCUGUGCAAUGAAUGCCAUAAAAACCUGCCCAGUGCCCAUUUGUUGGAUCUGCACCUUUCGGAGACGCACGAUUCAUUUUUUGCUGUGCAAUCGCAGACAAAACCGAUGUUUGCUUGCUACGUCGAGGAAUGCCGACUAAUGUUCGCGAAUGCAGACGAGCGAAAGGACCAUUGCAUUACGGGCCACAAAUUCCCCAACAAUUUCCGAUUCGAUGUUAAGUCAAGCGCAAACAAAAAUAACAAAUCGGAAUUAGUCAGUGGUGAUACGGUCGAAUCGAUGCCGGUUGAUGGUGUCAGCGACACUCAGAAGCCCAUCAGAACAAUCAAUUUUGGUCAUUCGAAGGUCAAGACAUUCAAGUCGGAUGCCUGUUAUGCCAAAGUGUUGACGAAAAAUCAGAAAAAGAAGCCGCCAACACAGAUUCUCGAUGACAACAAAAUGGUUGUGGAUCUAAUGGCUAGUCUACCGGAAUAAAAGAACCAGUCGUUACCGCUUAAGUAGGUCAUGUUCAAAUAAAUAAAUAAAUAAAUUUUCAGCAAAUCGAGAA